CAAUCGGAGGCUCGGGGUGGGACUUCCUGGUCUGAAACUUGUCAACAGCACAAAUUCUUGUGAUUUUGCAUCUUAAAUGAAGAAGCCGAGCGCAACAGAAGAUAGGCGAAAGCGUGUGUCAAAGAGGGUUCCUGUUGCACUUCGGAUUUCAGUCCUGCCUAAAAGACUCUGACAGUGGGAGAUGAGCAGCUGACAACUCUGCCUGUCUUCGAAAACUUAUUAUUUUUGAAUAUCCAGUACGCGACCCCCAGGCGAUGUGGUGAGCCAUUCGGAUUCGAUGCGAUGUGAGCUUGCUCCAGGCACUGGCUCGCCUUGCCCCGUACCCAGACUGAUUUCAGGAUUCGGUCAAUCGGACAAUAAGCUGGAAGUUUGGCAAGGCCAGGCCGAAGGUGUUUGAAACAGUGGAAAAUAAGUGGGUGCGAAAACUGAGAUUGACUUUAACAGUUGCGGAGGCAUGCGCUCCGGCAGACGCGCACGUCUUCUUCGCCGAGAAGCACCUCGGCGAGUUCGAGGCUGACCUCAGCUGAGCACACAAGUCUCGAGGAGUCCGCCGAUAUCGCAGCAAUCCCCGUUCCCCUUCGCCGGGAGUGGUUUAAUUCCUCCGCGCACACUGAAGCCUCUGUGCUUGGAGAAGCGAGGGAGACUUGUGGAGGUAUUGAGAAAGGGGUCGUGUUUGAGUGGCCAGGGACUUGCGUGGACGCAGAACCUGUUGAAUCCUGAAGGUACGUUAGAAACACAGGAGCGGCGCACGGCUGAGCUCAGGUGGUCACUCAUUCCAGCUGCAAUCAAAGUGCCCCAUGUUGUCUGUUUAAACAAAUGUGGAAUUGCUUAUUAAACAAAUCGGGUGACACCACUGCAAAGCGGACGAUGACAACGGGCAGACCUCUGCAGGUUUCCGUAUACCUGGACUUGUAUGAGCUGUUCAGAGACACUAAAAGUGAAAAUUAAGAAGCGCAGGGGGUAGUCGGUAAGCUGAAAAUAAGAAGUGUCGGUCGCAGUGUGAAGUGAAGAAACAUCUAAUACGAGAAGUGUCAAAGUGAUGCAACAGAGCACACUUGCAAAAAGAUAACCAAGAGGUCUUCCAAAGUACAAAUGAUAGCUAAACUAACAACGGAAUAAAGCUUGUUCGACGCCAAAAGAGAGAAAUCCCAUGCCAGUCGACAAGGGGGGAGCCAACUUGCUGGCUUUUUUAAAAGAAGAAAUCGGAAACUGAAGGUGAGGUGACUUGCUGCAACACAUUUGACACUGAGUGGCAGUGAGAGAAAAAUGACAGGACAUGCGAAAUAUGAAAACUGGUGACUAAGCUGCCAGUUAAAGAAUGCCUCCUGAAAAUGAUUUCAAAACGAGGAGUGAAAUUAAUAUAUAAACUUUCCUUUGCAAAUUUUUUUUGUGUGUGUGUGGAAACAUAUUAAUAACAUCUUUAAAGGCAAAUUUGUCCUUAUUGUGAAAAAUAUUGCAUGGCCUUGUGAUCUUUUUUUAAUUGAUAUGUAUUGACUUGAAUUUUUUAAUUUUUUUUUUUUAAUUUUUCAAUUUUACAAACACUAAAUUCAAGGAAAUCGCUGUGAAACAUAUUCUUCAUUCCAUAUAAAUAUGAUGCAUGGGUUCAAAUGAACUGAAUUAUGAGCAGGCCUUGACACACAGUGAAUCCAGCUGUGUCAUGAAAUUGGCGCAUAUUGGUAGCAGUAAAUAAAGUUAUUAUUUAAAAUGAGUGGAGGAAAAAAGAAGAGUGGCUUCCAGAUAACCAGCGUCACCUCUGACUAUGAGCAGGCAGGUGGUGGGUCACCCAGGAAGGACACAUACACAGUGGAAUCUGGUGGCUUGUUUAGCCCCACUUCAACCUCAAACCACCUCAUAAAUGGAGGCCAGGGUCUUGGCACAUCUUCACCUGGUUUGUCUUCCCGUAGUGCCUCACCCUGCCCUUUUAUCAAUGUGGAGCGUGGGACUGGGUUCAAAGUGGAGCACGAUAGUACGGGGGGCACGGGGCAGGUGGAUGAAGUAGACAUACCUAACAAACAGACCUUGGCUUUUGGUGGUGUUGAGAGAAAAUCACUGGGCACAGAGGCAGUAAUGGCACACUUGUCUGUGUCAUCAAUCCUGCCAAACGGUCCUUCUCUACAGUUGCCUGGCUCAUCCUUAAGCACCCCGAGCACUCCCACCUUGCCCAGACGACAGACCUCCCUGACUGGAACUACAUCCCAUUCCAGGAGCCUGUUGGCGCCCCUGUCUCUGUCUUUGCAGACCUCUGUUGGCAGCGUCCCCCAGCUCUCUGUAGCCUCCAGUAGUUCUCGUUUUAGACUAGUCAAGCUUGACCAAGGGCCAGGUGAACCUUACAAGAGAGGCCGCUGGACAUGUGUUGAUUUCUAUGAUGGGGACACUGAGAACCAUGCCAUUAGCAAAAUCUUGGAUAGCAUGCGUCAUGCACAUUCAAUGGAAUCUUUGGAAGUCCUUGGUAUUGGCAACAGCAGUAACAAGCCUUUGACUCAGUUUCGGACCUUGAAACCUUCUCAGCCACCUCAUGUAGUUCAUUCACAGGGGACGACGCACUUGCUGGUCCAGAACACGGCUCUCAGUCUAGCAAAGACGCCAGCCAGUGGGCAGCAAAUGACAGGGACUGAAGCUCCAGCUGCAUUUCCACAACCGGCUUCUGCAACCCAGACUGCCAAGAGGGCACCCCCAAAUGUCCUUCCGAUACCAAGCAGUGAAUCAGGGCCCAUGAUCCCUGAAGACAACCCACAUCUUUCCAGUAAAGGGGCAGCUCCAACUAACGGAAGUGCUACUGCUAGCCUGAUCUCUCCUCCAGCAAGCUUGACCAAGGAACAGCCUUCGAGGCCACAGACCCCUAGCUCUAAAUUAGUGUCUCCUACCAGCCCGCGGUCACUAUUGCUUAGUGUGCCAACAGCAGAACAUGGAGUUGCAAAGCCUUUAGCUGGGAUGCUGCCUCUGCACCUUGACUCUGACCGUGGCAGGAAGGUGGUGCGGCACCAGUCUCAUUCACGUCCAGUCUCACCAUCACCUCUCCUCGUCCGAGAGCGAAGUCCUCACAGGCGGUCCCUGGAUUAUUCCAGCCCCAGCCCACCCCACCUCAGUUUAUCUCAGUCUAUGUUGAGCACAGGGACAUCCUUAGACAGCGACGAUGACAGCGGAUCCAGCAGCAGCAUGAUCGCCAUUGACAACAAGAUUGAGCAGGCCAUGGACCUAGUGAAAAGCCACCUGAUGUACGCAGUACGUGAAGAGGUUGAAGUCCUCCGAGAGCAAAUUAAGGAGCUGAUUGAGAGGAAUUCACUGUUGGAGCGAGAGAACAGCGUGCUCAAGUCCAUCGCUUCCUCAGAGCAGCUGUCCCAGCUACAAACACAAAUGAAGGCUUUGACAGGAACAAGUGGGGGGCCACCCCCCACCUCAGCCUGAUGUGAUCUCCUUUCGCACUCCUGUUUGGACACCCAAACAAAUGCUUCCACAUCGCACAAGAAAAAACACAAGAAAAAAUGGAAAGGAAGACGUGGCCUUUGAUAUGAACAGAAUCUACACAACCAGGUAUUGAGAAGAAGGCCUGUGUGCCUUCACCUGACGGACAUUAUCUUGACUGAUGAGUUCGAUAUGACACUUACUGUUACUGCAGGUAAUAUUUCACUGUGAUAGGAGUCUUGUCCUAACCAUGUUUAAAGAAUUUGACUCUUAACCUUUCACUACCAAAGCUUAUGCCUUUCUGUGGUCCUGGAAGAUGAGUGCAUGAAGCGUGUAACAAACACCAGCAGAAAUCGUUACAAACUAAACCAAACACCAGCCCUUUCCAAUUUCCACUGCCUUUUUGUAGGUCAAUAAAGUGCCUUCUUUUGGCCAACACACAUACACAGGCUAUCAUUCGUGCCUUUUCAUGAGGACCAAAAAUUAUCAUGCCACACCACCCCAAAUAUGGGCUUGGAAAAAUCGCAGAUGAAAACCAAGACAUACGACUCUCCUGGGGAAGUGCCGUGUAUCUGACUUGUUCUCCUGUUCCUACCGACUACUCUAAUUCUCUAAUUCAAGACCAAGAAUGAAGUGUCAAUGGCACAACUAAGGAAGGAGUGGACUACAUAGAGCACUUUGAAAUGGCAAAUCUGUAUACUGUAAUGCACAAACGAUUGGGCUGAGGGGUCCAGACUGACAAUGGUUUUAUCUGUAAGGAGCAUUCUGAUAUGGUAACCAUUGGGGAAGCAUUCUCAAAGAAUACAAAGGGGAGGUUGGACUGGACUUGGACUCCAAAACCAAAAUCUCCUUUCCUUCCAUGAGCAGGCAUGGCAAUUGAGUAAUGUGAAAUGAAUGUGGUUGUGCGUGAGAGAGUAGAGCAGGGGUAUUGUUUGUGCAGCAUUGUGACACCUCUGCCCUUCCCUUAAACUCAAAAGCAGCUUUAUUGGUCUAACAGUGCGUCUGUGUUCCCAAAGAAUCGCAAAUGCAUAACAAUAAUGAUUCUAGUAAAACAAAUAAAAACAAGCAUCGGUGUC